AUGGCGGCGCCAACUUCAGCGCAACCCCGCGGUCGCCCAUUGGCGGGCCUCCGCGAGGGGGCGGAGCUUCCUCAGCAGGCCCUCCAAUCAGACCGCUGCGUGCGAGCGCGAGAAGAAAGGCCACGUCAGAUCCAUCUCCUUCUUGCGAGAGGCUUUUGUUUUGACGAGUCGGCACGCUUCCCGACGGCCCAGCGUCUCCCCGACAGACUCCUCAGCCCCUCGCUGUCGGGAAGCGUUAACCCUCGACACCUGCACCACUACCCUGCACCCUUCCGUCACGGACCCGACGCGGGAGCCCCCGCCACGCGUGCGCUCUGCUCCCUCUCCCCUCGCAGGAUGCGUGCCGUGGCCGAAGCAUCCCCGGGUAAUGCCCACGGGAAACCCCUCGUCCCGGCCGCAGCCGCCUCUCCUGCGCCGCAGCCGCCGGGCGAGCGUUCGGGGGAGCGCAGCGGGGGCUCACCUCGGGCGCUGCACCGCGGCGGCACCGGGGCUGCGGCGGGAGGCCCUUUCGCGCAAGCCCGGCGGGCGGGGGAAGGAGCGCGGGGACCAGCGGCGGCGGCGGGGAGGUGGCGGCGGGGCGGGCAGUCGGCGGGCCCGGGGCGUGGCCCGGCGGGCGGCGGCGGGGCGGCGGCGGCGGCCCGCGGCGGCCCGGAGGCCGCGCUGGGCUCGGCCGCGGAGCUGCCGCUGCUGAAACUGCCGCCGGCCGCCGAUCUGGAGCAGCUGCUGAUCCAGGGGGGCGCGGGGCUGGGGGCCGGCAGCCCGGGGCCGGCGGCGCCCGGGGCGGGGAGCGGCGGGGCGGCGGCAGCGGGGCCGUUUCUCUACCGGCAGCCGGUGACGCAGGAGCAGGAGGGUUUCGCCGACGGUUUCGUUAAGGCCCUGGCCGACCUGCACAAGCAAAACCAGCUCCUGGCGGCGCCGCCGCCGCCGCCGCUCUCCACGCCGGGACCCUGCUGCACCGCCCGCCCGGGGCCGCCGGGAGCCCCCGCCGCCGCCGAGCCGCCGGCCGUCUACACCAACUUGAGCGGCUUCAGCCCCGCGGGGCCGCUGAGCCCCUCGGGCAGCGCCUACCCCGCCGCCUCAGCCCCGCCGCCGCCGCCGCCGCCGCCGGGCCUGGCCUUCGGGGCGGCGGGUCUGGGGAGCGGUCGGCUGCCGCCGGCGCGGUCCCUGGAGGAGCCGCAGACGGUGCCCGAGGUGCCGCCGUCGGCGGGCGGGGAGGGCGGCAGCAGCGCGCCGACGCCGCCGUCGCUGUCGCCUCUGGACGCAGAGAGCCAGGAGCGGCUGAAGGCGGAGCGCAAGCGGCUGCGGAACCGCAUCGCCGCCUCCAAGUGCCGCCGGCGGAAGCUGGAGCGCAUCGCCCGGCUGGAGGAGAAGGUGAAGGCGCUCAAGGGGCAGAACGCCGAGCUGGCCGCCACCGCCAACCUCCUCCGCGCCCAGGUCACUCAGCUGCAGGGCCGCGUCCGCAGCCACCUCUCCUCCGGCUGCCACAUCAACGCCGCCGGGCACCCGCCUCCCAACGCCGCCGCCGCCCAGCCCCGGGAGGCGCCCCCCGAGGCGGCCGCCGCGCCGGAGACCAGCGCCUGCUGAGGAGGGACCCCCGCCGCCAGCCGGCCGCUGCCCCCCGCCCGCCGCCGGCGCCGCCGGGAGCCACCGCGGGCCGCGGUGCUCGCCCGCCGCCGGUCGCCUGUUGUUAUUAUUAUUAAUUAUUAUUAUUAUUUAUUCGCGCCCGGAGAAGGCGGUUGCAGGAGCCGGGUGUUGCUAAGCGUUUCCCGAGGUCUGUCGACGUUGCGGUUAACGGUGAGGGUCUCUGUGGGUGGUUUCGGGGCAGGUGGUCGGUUUGGUUUUUUUUUCAGUGAAGUACUUGAGGUCUGCAGAGAUUUCGGAAAUUAAGGAAAUUCCUGUUUACAGAAAGAUUCAACUUUAUUUUCAUGGGGGAUAUAAAAAGUGUGUUUCCUAAUACACCUUACUGAACUGUAUAGCAAUGGAUAAGCUUUUCACACUUAAAAAAAAAAAAAAGAAAAAAAGAAAAAAAAAGCCAGAAUCGUACCCUUUUGAAAAGAUGUGCGUGUAUAUAUAUAUUUAAAACAUAAUAUGGCUAUGUAUAUUUUCUUGGUAUUGAUAAAGAACUUUUUUUAAAAUACCGUCCUUUCUCUAGAGCUUUAAUUUGCCUUUGAGAGUUAAGACUGCUAUGUGGGGUGCUCUUGCACUUGCACAGUUUCGGUUUUAAAAUCGAACCCUGGAGGAAAAUGUUUUUUGUUGUAAAUCUUAAGCAAGAUGAAAUGCAUUGCUGACUCAGUCAUAUGAAAAUACUUUUCUAAACUGUAUGCUCCAUAUUUCUUGUGCCAGUGCAAACUUGGGGCAUUGAUAGUUAUUUAUUGAAACUUGAACACUUUUGGACGUUGCUUAGACCUUAUUUUUCUAGAUAACACGUUAGUAGGGAAUGGUUACUUUGGCAAGAAUGGCGUUACUUUUUUUUCCUUCACUGUGUACAUUCCAGUAGUGUUUGCUCUUUAUGUAGUAUAGUAACAGUUCAGUGCUAUACAGAAAAGGGCUCAGAUUUGGGGUGGGUUAGCUAUCAAAGUGGUAAUUCCAUUGUAUACUGUUUGAAUAAAUCGCAGAAAUAUUACAGAGAAGUAGAUUUAUUUUUCAGUAGAAAUCUGUGUAUCUUGCUUCUUGGUCUACUUUGUUCUGAAGAAGCUUUCUGCAAUACUCUAGAGACAGAAAGAGUCAGCGCUAGAAUGUGAAAUGUUUUUCUGGUUGGGAAGAGUUGGUGUGGUUUAUUUCUUUGUCAAGUUUUUACUAGUAGAAGAGAAUAGCAAAGGAACUAUUUCCUCUGAUAGACAUAAUCCUCAAUAAGUUUCUGAAAGCUUUAGAUCCCUUGCUCGGUACUACUGCCUACCUGCUUCUGCUGCACCUGUGUGUUUUGAGCAUAGCCGCUAGCACAGCGCUGUCCAGCCCUGUGGCAGGGUGCCGUGGGAAGGGUCUGUCAGAGUGUGAGGUUCACCCCACCAGAAGCCCCUCGGCGCGAGGCCGCGGGCGGCCCACCGCUGGGGGAGGGAAGGACUUCUCCUGAGCAGAUCCAGCUGCAGAGGGGGGCCCGCUCCCCUAUGUGAAACUGUGCUAAAAACUCUGCUUGAACUCAGAGGCAAAACUUAAAUGGGGAUAUGCGUCUGUGCCAGCUGGUGAAAAUGGGGGAUUCUACGAGGAGCCAAGGAGGCAUAGACAUCCUUUAUGUGUACAAGCCGUUGCUCAGAUCUGUUAAAGCUGCUCAGGAGCUGUUAAACAUCCUGUACUUCUUCUGAAAGCUACACUUGAUGCUUUGAAAUUCAAGGAGAAUGGGAUAGACUCACAGUUUUUCUUGCUUUUAUUGGGGAUACAUGAGUGCUAUCUAAUCAGAAAGUUGAGCUGCAGCAGUCAAGUGUGUGAGCUUUUUCUUUUAGCGUGCAUAGUCAUUCCUGGCACAUGUGAAAUGUCAUGACAACGUGUAGUAAUUAUGUUAUUGUAGCUGAGAUGGUCUGAGGAUAUUUCUUUUCUUAAUGCAUAUGCAAAUUAGGUAGAAGCCAUAUUAAUCAUUGUAUAACUGUUUAAUCAUGUCACCAGAGCCUUUUUCAGUGGUUAAAAUGAUUGCCUGUAACAGUACUUUCUGCUGUUGGAAAUACUAAUGAACAGAUAAAAAAUUAUUUUGACCUUAACACAGGUGUAAAGACUUCUUAAAGGCAUUCUGAACCAGACUGCAUGCAAUCUGUAGCACUGCCUGUUACAUAAUAACUGGGUGAAAAAUAGCUGGCUUUUACUAUGUGGCAGGCAUCACCUAUCUGCAAAGAUGCUGCAAGACUGGAGGAACUGCUAAAGACUUCCCCCCCAGCCCUGCUUCCCCUAGUGAGAGAGGUAGUGCUGCCUGGUAGAUACGUUGAUGUGAGAUGCUUAGCUUUGCUGUAUGUGUAGUGAGGUGGGGGUGUCUUGGAAAAAUUAGUAAAAAUCGUAUGCGUGAAUGCUGCUGUUUCAGUUCUUGUACUUGCAAAUGAGUACAGGGCUAGGUAAAGAUCUUGCAGUAGAACACAAGAUAGUGAUAAAUGCAGUACUUGUUCUUUACUUAUUUUACCAUUUCUGGUUAGAAUAAGUUAACAACGUCCAAGGAGAAGUGGGGGGGAUCUGUAAGGCACAAGAGAUCACUGCAAUUCCCCUUCCCAGCUAAGGGCAGGGCUAUAAUGGGCUAUAACCCAGCAGGGUUAUAACAAGCUUGCCCUUUUCAGCAUGGUGGUGUUAAAGCUGGAAACCACCACACGUUACCUCUCUCCCAUUUGAACUUUCUGCAAGAGCAGCCUUGUGUCCAGCCUCUCUCUGCUUGAUGUUCUAGUGGACAUCUGUUCGUGGUAGAAGUGCUGACAGGCCAGCUCAGUUACCAUGAUGACUGAUGAGAGGUUACUAGUGAGGCUGGCGGCUCCAGCUCUCUGCCAGACACUACUAUUCUUGUAGUAGAGUUGUCUGAAAGAAAUGUCUUCUGUAGAGUGACAGAUUACCUUCAUAAAUGCCUUCUUUUAUCUGGUAUUUAGGCUAAGACACAGGAUCUAACACCGACAUGACCAAAUCUGAGAAUAGUGUGUGUCUGUGGUUGGGGUUUUUUUUACCUGUUGAUUCUGCUAGAGGUUGCCGCACCUACAGUGGAAAGAAGUGUGAAUAGCCUAAGCACCUAAUAGUUUAAACUAAUAUAACAAGACUCAGGACUGCUUGCCUGCUGCAGCAGCCAUCAGGUUUGAUUGUUACUGUCUUCUAACAUGUAUCAGUACUCUGACUUUACCCCUGAAGUGUUCCCAAAUCUUGGCUUCUUUGGUUUGUCCUGCCUUCCCCCCACCCCACCCCCACCCCCCCUCUUCGGUUUGUUGCAGCAUUUUUCAUGUCUGUUUCUUCUAGGUAUUGGAACUUUGGUUACUGUAAGAUGCUAAAAGAUAGACACUAGGUAAAAUUUUUCCAGACUCUUUAUGUAAUUUGCAUCAACGUAGCUCCUUUCCAGUAACUGCAGGCAAGUUGGCUGUGUGUCAUUGAAAAAAAAAUUCAAAAGAAAUAAAAAACCAUUUUAUGUUCAGUGGACUCAGCACUUUAUAGAAUUUUCCUUUGCCCUUCAAAACUGUGCCAUGCUUGCCAGGUGUACUUGUGCACACUGUUUGCUAGUUCUUACAAAGAUUCUCACUGCAUGACUUGAUUUGCAGGCUAGCCUCAUGCCCUUCUGAUCUGGUUUUGCAUUCCAGGUGUGAACCCAUGACAAAUAAACAUCCCUUUUUGUUUCUGUGCCCUAGGUGUAGUCUCUGUUCUGGAGAUUGUGCAGUCCCUUCCUUUGUCUGUUUUGGCUGAGGGAUGCUUGCUUCUGUGCACAUCUCACUUGCAGUUUAUCAUUGGAUUCCGAAUGUGCUUGAACUGAUGUCUUGAUCUAUAUGUGAAGUGCCUUCCUAUUUAGGUGCUACAGCAAAAUAGUUUGAUUCAUAAAUGACUUUCAUUUCUUUGAAUUUUUAUCAGAUCUUUUCUGUCUUAAGGAGUAGAAGGAGGAGGGUUUGUGGUGAGGGAGGUCUUGUUCACUCCUUCCUUGGGCAGAGGGAGGAGCUCCCACCAGAUCUGCCCCUGCUUGCUGUGAGUCAGGGAAGGUACUCUGCUAGGACUGAUUCAGAUGAUGUCGUUACUAGAAAAGUUGGCUGGUUUGCUCCCCAGUGCAGAACGGGUAGUGAAAUUUGUCAAUAUCACAGGGUGUCCAGACAGGACCAGGUGGUUGCUGAGUGGUUCUUAGAACUUUCACUGUGACUCCGGGUCGAGCCCAUUUGGCAGGCUUAGAGAGCAAUUCCCAAAAUGCAACUACUUUGCAUACUUUGAGAAAUGUAGGUGUUUGGGGGUGAUAGGUCCUGAUUGCUGAGCGGGGUGAUUCUGAUGGUGGUGGUGACAUUUUGUUAUAAGCCUUUGAUGGUCUUGCAAGAGGUAGAUACCUCAAAGGAUUUGGACUCUUCGCUGCAUGUCAUAAAUCACUGUGGACUAUCACGCACUGUUCGAGGUCUAAGGGUGGCCCUACUACAGUUCUUCGUUACCUUGGUUCCUGUUUAUGUCAUGACUGAAGGAAGAGUCAUAAGGCAUCCAUUUUUUUUUCAUGUAAGUAUCUGAUUGACUGUGUCUGUUCACCUUUGACAAAGGAGUGAUCUCCCAAAGUUAAGUCCUGAGGCAUUCUGCAGCUGUUAAAGUGGAAUUUUUAUUUGGCAACUAAUUUCUAAUCAGUUACAUAGCUUGAUGAUACUUAUAUCAUCUAUAUAAACAUCUAUAUAAACUAUAUGAACAACUAUAUGGUGUUGUUUGGUGGUGUCUGAAGUACAGAUGCAUGCUAUGUCUGAAUUACAAGUUGUGCUGGAAACAGUGACUUGGCUGCCAUUACUUGAGUCUUGGCCAUUUGAAUCCAGUAGCUUCUUAGAGAAAAUGUCUCUAUAGCUGAAAUUAACAUGCAAGAAAAAAACCCCAUCCAACUGUCUACUUGUAACGCAAGUCAUUCUUCAAUGCAUUUUAUGUGUCCUUCUUCUUCUGGAGUGUAAGUUAAAAAAGAAAAGCAAUGAGUUACAUUUUCAUUAUUCUUAUGUGCAGCUGUAACUGCUGCUGGAUAAUUUUGCUCUUCCCUUACUUGAUUCUCUGAGUUUCUAUGUAUAGUAAGUAGGCAAAUUGGAGUAUGACAUAUCUGUGUACAUACUUGAUUUGUACAAAACCACUUCCAUUUUCCAAGCAUUUUGUUUGCUAUUUUCCCGUAACUAAGAAUGAGUGUUGAAGAGUUCCUAGGCUAUUCUGACACUCUUUGGUCUCUUCAUCUGAUUAGUAUUGUGUGCAGUGUCCGUGCAUCUUUCAGCAGAGGUGGACAGUAAAAUCUGACAGGGAUUCACAUUUUUUAACAUUUGGCAAGACCUGUAUCAGCAGAAAAAGCCUUGAACAGGAAGUUUUCACAGUGCAUAAUAACCCUGCAAAUGUUGACUGAUUUUUCUAAUGCCACGGUCCCUUGUUGUGGGACUGCAGCAGGGUUUACUGUACUUGAUGCACUAUGAUAAAUGUUGCUGUGACAAAUUGCAGAAGCUAAAGAUUCUUACAGACUUGUUAAUCUUGUACAUGGUGAAACUUCACUGUGAAGGUGAUGAAUUACAUCUGAAUUUAUGGAGACUUAGGCCCUUAUGGUAUGUUAUGGAGGACAAGAGGUCUUGCUAAUUCUCUUAUUCCUCUCCUGUCUUUCAAAGAUCUCUCUAUUUUUAAUGUGCCUGUAAAGUGGCUUUCAGCUAGCUGUUUGUGUUGUGAAACUUUUCUUCAUAAUGGCUGGUAGUAACUCAAAAGUCGGGACAGAAGCAACUUCCCCACAAAGUGGUCAUGUGUGACAAACUAAAUGUAGGUUUCUGAAAGACAUUGCAACAGUGAGUUGCACAGUGGAGAACCUGCUGUUGUCCAUGUGUUGCUAAAAGUUUAGAAACAUGUACAUCUAUGUAUAGGGGGCAGCUGAGACAUCAUCCUGUUGACUUGCUACAGGCAUUGAUCCUUGCUGCUUGCUUUAGUCUGGAAGCAGUUUUCCUAAGCUGUUGCAUACCGGAAGGUUUACUUUCUGCAUGAGUAUAAUCACAAACCGCAUCUCUGCUUGGGUGUUGAAACAGUCCAGUACGUGUAGGUCAACCAGAAUGCCACACUUAAGCUGUCUUCACAGGGUCCUGCUGAGGAAACAGUAGUGGGGAGAGGAAGGAAACCAGUCUAGGAUCUGUAUCUUCACACCAACGCCAUGUUGCAAAGAAAUGCAACUUUCUGUCUUGACAAAAGCAUGUCACUGAUGUAAAAUCACCGAGUCUUGGUCCUGUGCCUGCAGAGUGUCUGAGUUCUUGGGCUGAUGUUUCUGAGACAUCAGUUGCUUCUUGGGCUGGAGUUCUGCUUGAGGUGGUACCCUCUCAACCCGUACCAGCCACUGAUACAGGAAAAGCCAGCAAAUCUAGCCUUCUGAAGCACACAGAUACCCCCAAAGACAUGUCAAGGUGUUGUGCACAGACACUAGCAUGCAUAAAGAAGGGCAUGGCCAAAUGGAGGAACUGUGAUUUUCUUAGCUGCCGCAGUACACAAUGGGGCAUCGUCUUAUUCUUUGUUGUGGUCAAGUUCUCACAGAAGAAAACUAAGCUGCAGUUCUGUGUGUGAUUGCAAGGUGAUUUUUUUUAGAUUCCCAGUCAAAUUGGAGGACUGUUAAAUCCUGCAACGCUAAAUUCAUGCAAAAAGACCAUUUAUUUUAAAAUCACAUGUAGCCUUAAUGUAAUCUAAAGUGAUGCAGUUCAUAUGUAGUGAUUUGCUGUGAAGGGAAGGUUAUUAUCAGUAAUGUUUGCAAGGGAGUCACCCUAAAUAAUUAUCUACCUGCUGUUUGCUUUUUUUCUGCUAUCAAAAGGUCUGUAUCCAUAGCACAGCUAGUUGUAAAAUGAGCUUUGCUCUGAAUUUCUAGGACUGCAAUACUUUAAGGAGUAUGUGUGCUGGUGAAAUGGCUUUUCUGGAAGAGUUAUGAUUUCUUUAAGGAAUGCUUUGGAGUGAUGGUUGACUUGACUGUGAAGCCUUGCUAACACACGGAGAUGAUAGAUAAGACCAGUUCACUGUGCACUAAUAUGCUAGAUUGUGAUAUUUAGCACACUGCUGAUAAUAUUUACUACUAUUAUUAGUUAUUGGUUAAGAACUAGUUGUGAGUGGAAUUGUAAGCCACCUAAAUAAGGUCCACACAGACUGGAGAGCUGUGUCACAGGAGAUCAGUAACAGAACUUGAAUCCCAUCCCAGAAAAAAAAAUAUCUUUGGUUGCAGUCUUUGUUGGUUUUGGUUUUGGUCUUGUGAGUUUUGUUACUUUUCUAGAUUAAGUCCUAUUUUACCCUACCCUUGAAAUUUAUUUAAAUCUGAAAACCUUUCUGCUAACUACCUUGAAACAUCUUUUGCAACUGUUUAGUCGCAGUUGGUGAGAUUUUGGUAUUACUUCUGUCAUAGAUGGAGAAAGCUGAAGCUGUUAAAAGUCUGGCUUCUCACUGCAUCCCUGUUCUUAGACCACAGACUGAACAUUCAAAAAAUCAUAACCAGUAGCUGGAACUCUGUGGAAGUGUUUGAGACCAUUUUCUUGUCCUUUCCAGAAAGCUUCCCGCUGCCCAGAGGAGUGUGUGGCCUUCCUGCCUGAUAUGGAAAAUUGACCUUUAAGCAUGAACAGUCUUAUAAAAAAAAAAAAAAAGGCUUAUGGAGAUAGCCUCAUGGUUCAUGCUGAACCUUUUGAAAGGUAACAUGCUGAGCUUGAGAACCUUCCCUGCACCUCUGUUUCAUACAUCUCCACUUUUUUCUUGUAAUGCAGGACACAAGCAGUGUGGUGGCAUAGACUAAACGGACUGCUCCAGAGAGCAUAUCUAGAAUACCCUCCUCCUUUUUCCCUAGUGACUGCUAGGGAAAGAUACCAGUAGAAGAUAACGGUAUAAAACUUGUGCUUCUUGGUAGAAUAGAGCUAGAGGUUGAGCUUUUGUAUUUUCCAGCUUUUACUGUUCUCUCUUUUAAUAUCCUUUGUGGAAGAGUGACAGGAAUAGUGGGAAAAUACUGACUACUGCAAAGUUAAAUAGUCUUAUAUAUAAUAUGUCACAUAAGCUAUGGCCGUAAGUACCUAGGAUACCUAUUCUGUUUACAGUCUGACGGAUGACAUCUUCAGAACAGGGAUUCCUAAAAUGCUACCUAAGUGUCAUUAUCAGUCCAAACCAUUUUGUGUUUAAAUUAGUAAAAGUUACUAAUAUGGUGUGUACAUCCUUGCGAUGUUUGAAAGUGUUUCUGGGCAUACUGGAACUGAAAUCACAGCACAAACUGGUAUGUCUGUGGUAUCUUUGUGGUAUGAUAUCACUUUCCAAGCAGGCCAAAAGUGUGUAAUAAAGCCUACUUCUUUAUUCCUUUCUCUGUGCUUAUAGUUAGAGAUUAUAGUUGGAGGAAUCAGCAACAGUAAGAAAAACAACCAAGGAAGAAAUAAAAUUUAUCUCAGAUACAGUAUUUAAUGGUAGUAUUUAUUGUAUGAUGAACUGGCAAAGAAUUAAGAUUGCUCUUCAGAUUGCUUUUUAGCUUAUUUUGUUUUCUUAUUAUUGCCCAAGUGUCUACUAAACUUCUUUUCUUUGGAAACUGUGCUCCUCCCUGUUUGGCCUGAUGACUGGUAAUUUCACACUUACCCAUAUUUAUUUAAAGCCAUGGCAACCACCAUACUGAAAUGUCAUUAAGUGAAGUCCAGGUCCGACUGCUGACUGAUGAUGCAAAGGUCUGCUCUCUAAUAAAAUGCAGCCCGUGAAGGAUGAACUCCAAGAGGCAGCUACGCCCUGUCUUCAAGCAUUUGCUCUGAUUUCAAGGCUUUCCCAUGUGGUGGUGUUGCUCAACAUGUAGCAAAACAAGUUCUUGCGAGCCCCUUGAGCAUUCCUCCGUAUGUAACAGAUUAGAUACUCAGGCUUUGUUAAUUUUUUCCUCCCUCUCCCCACCCCCCCCCCACCCCCCAAAAAAAACCCCAAACCAAACCAAACGCAACCCCAAACCUGGAGCAAAGGACCCAACACAAGCAAAUCUUGGAGAAUUGUUUCACUUUGUUGCAAAACACCACUUGUUAAUUACAGGGACACUUAGCACAGUUCUGACAUGUGAGCCAUCAAUAUAAACAUUUACUUUCACUGGUGAUUUUGCUUGGGUUGUGCUUAGCUGCUUUGUAGGGGAUGGAGGGAAGGGAGUUAAGUGUUGCAAUAUAGUGUUGUGCAAUUCCUGGCUUGCAAAUAGAAAAUGAUGAGCAAGUCUGCAUAGGCCUCUCACCCACCAAAAUUUGGCCACUGUUCUUUACCACUCCCACUCUUCCUAAUUAGGAACGCGUCUACUGGCUUCUUAAGGUUAAAAGGAGAGAAGGGUAGAGAUCUUAAGAGGGCAGUAUCAGGCCUGUUCUGCUGUGAAAGGCCCUGAGCCUCCUGAACCUUAAGAGUCAAGUCAAUCUGCUAGAUUGCCUCUAGUUAGGAUGUCCGAAGGUAAUCCUCAACUCCCUGUGCAGGGUCUGACAGAAAGGGCAGCCGGGACUGUAUUCCUGAGUAGGUCUCGUCAGUGAAGUAGCCUUUCAGCUUUCCAUGUUUCUCAGCCUGUGGAAUUGUAGGACAUUAUUCCAGGGUAGUUUCUCUUUCUUGGAGUGGCUCAUCUAAGGCUGGCUUGUUCUUCCUGCAGUUUUUGCCUAGACUGAAAAUCUUUCUGAGGUUUAGGAGACCACACAUGUGUCCUUGCUGUGUGGUGUUCAUGAUGGCUACUGUCGUAUCACCCAAAACAGACUCCCGAGAAGGGAGCAGCUCUGGAUAGGUGCAGACUGGGAAAGAUUAAAUCCAUCGUUCUUUGAGCAGUGCGUCUUUUCAUCGGUUGAGUAGAGCAGCUAACUCCCAUCAGCUAAAAAGGAGAGAGCUCUUGGACAAUAGGACCCGACUUUGAAAGUGUUUGGUGGUUUCUGGUGCCUGGUUCUUGCUGAACUUCCAUGAUGCAGAAAAUGCUUCAUGCUCUGCAGUACCAUCAUUGAAAUACCUUGCAUUAUCAUGGGCUGGGGUUGCUGCUAGGAUCGUGAAAGUCCUGUGGCUCUCAUUGGGAUUACAGUCGUGCCAGGUGCUGAUCAACAGACCAAAGGGAUCUCCUGAAAAGGAGAAGCAGCCCCUCCCUGCUGGGUAGCUGCCAGCAUCCCCAGGCUCUCUUUUUGUCCAAAAGCAGAAGUGUGAGCAAACUACUGCUUCCUACGGCUCUCGAAUCCAAACAGAUUCUCCCUAGGCCUUCGGGCAUAGCACUGGAACUUCCUCAUUCAGGAUAGCUGUUCAGAACAAAAGGUGGAGACAGAGCAGUUCAGAUUUGGCUUUGCUGUUCCAGCAGUUUACAUGCAACUAGUUGGUGGGUGGUUGUCUGCCUACAUCCUUUCCUGGGUUCUUGUAAGUUGGGUUUUUGUGUACCUUCUUAUUCUGCCUUAUUAAAUUAGCUGGCACAGAGGAAGCCUCUGAGAAACCCUUUCAAAAUCUCUGCUGCAGAAAGAAUUUUAAAAAAUUGCAGUAUUUGAAUAGAUUAAAAAACAAACAAACAAACCCAAAGAAACAACAAAACAGAUUUGUAUGGAUACAGAAAUACUUCCCCCUUUUUUUUAAAGCUGAUAAUUUUGGGGAACUCUUCCAACAGGUGUGCUGGCAAGGACAUUGCACACAGAUGGAGGUAAUAAUAGUGAAACAAAAUUCAGUAGCUACUCAUUUGCUGGAUUUGGUCGGGAGAGGUUUAUCAAGGACACUCCUGACAGCUUUUUUUCUGAUGCGGUGAUUUUUUUUUAAAUGUAAACAGAAGCUACAGGGCUUAAUAAUAUACAACUGAGGAUUAUGUCCAUUGUAAUUUUUUUACGUUACUUUUACAAACUGUGUAGUAUUAUAUUUAAAAUACUUAUUUCUGAGACAAAGUGGAUGAUACUAGUUGGCAUCUUGCACUUAAAUUAAUUGUAAAACAUUUUCUUAAUUUAGUGAUGUGUUUAGGAGAAUACUGUAACUUACUGAAUAUACAAUGGUGAUAACUGUGUUUACAAUAAUUUUCCAAUUCCUACUGUUCAGUGGUAGCCAACUUGUUCAAGAGUUAGAAGUAAGGCAUACUGCGAUUGGCAAUCUUGGAAAAAAUUAGCUCAAUGCUGCUACCACUAAAUACUGUGGGAUGGAUACCAUGGGUUUAAAUGGCAGCCGAAUUGUAUUCCAAGCCUCUGUCUUAAGUACUUACAACUAAAAGGCGACUUGCCUUGCGCUCAUUUUUGUAUCACUGUGUGUAGUACAUCAGCUAGAAAUCUGUUAAUGAUUGAGUUGUAACACUAGGACCUUUAUGGAGAUCACAGUGGGGUUUUUGUUUGUGAUCAGACAGACAUUUUGGAAUGUAUAACAUUGAUCCUUGUGCUGGAAUUGUUUAUAUGCAAAAGGUAUUUAUGAUUUUUUGCAAACUGCAAUGUGCAAUUUUGUACAUGUGUUUUAAACAAAAGAGUUUAUAAGGAAGAUAUCGUAUGUACAGUACUUGGACAUGAGUAUUAUUUCUUUGAUAUAAAUAUCUAGAGGAAAAUUAAAAUUGCUUUAUAUUCAUA